AAUUUCUAGAUGAGAUAAAGUUUACGGACUCAAAAAAUGAAUAGACCCUUUUGUCGGAAUUUAAAUCGCAAUGGCGUUAAAGUCUGGUCUUUAAAUUUAACAAAAUAAUCUGCAAGUAAGGUUGAAUAAAAAAGAAAGGAUGUCUUCUUGGGAUGAUGAGGAUUUUGUGCCUGAAGUUUCAACAGAAGAAGUAAUAACAGACAAAUGGGAAGGUGAAGAUGAGGACGAUGAUGUCAAGGACAAUUGGGAUGAUGAUGAUGAUGGUGAAGAAGGAAUAGACAAGACACAAACCACACCUUCUAGCCAACCGAAAAAGAAAAAACCCCUUGCAGAAAGAAUAAAAGAAAAACAAGAGAAAAGACGGCAGGAACAACUUGCAAGACAAGAGCAAAUGAAACUAGAAGAAGAAGCACAAAAAUUACUAACGCCUGAAGAACAGUUAGCCGAACAACUUAAGAACCAAAGGCUACAGGAAGAAUCUGAUUUAGAAUUAGCAAAAGAAGCAUUUGGUGUCGCAGAUGUGUUACCGGGACAAAAGACAUUUGAAAAUUUUAACCCUACGAGUAAAGAAGAAUUUAAUGAACUCUCUACAAUGAUCAGUCAAAAACUUACGGCACACGAAAACAAAUCUGAAUAUACGACAUUUCUAGAAAAUCUAUUUCGCGACUGUUGCGCCGGAGUGAAUGCCGAAGACAUCAAAAGAAUAUCGAACAGCUUAACCGUACUGGCUAAUGAGAAACAAAAAUUAUCGAAAGGUGGUAAGGCUGGCAAGAAAAAAGCAGCUGGAAAAAAGACGUUAUCUACUGGGAAGGCUGUUCGCAAUGAUAUGGAUUUUGAAGACGAUUAUUAUGAUGAGUACGAAGACUUCAUGUAAAAUUAGAUGCGAAUUAGAAAUUAAUUUAUA